AUGGAGCCCGGAGCAAUGCCUAUGCUUGUUUUAGAAUCUGGGUUUGUUGGGUCCGACUUGGUUUCGGGUACUGGUCUCAAAAUCUGGAAGCCUUCCAUGGCUUUUCACUACACCCUGCCUGAGAUUCUGAGCAAAAGCGAAGAUUCUUCCACUACUACUUCACAUGUGAUUGAAACAGUUGUUUUGAAGUUUCAGAUCAUGGGGCGUUUUGUAAUUGGUUAUGGGUGUUUUGUAAUUGGUUAUGGGUCAUUAUCUAGUGGUAGAUCAGGAACGUACAGGGACGAGCUUGUGUUACCUCUUUUGAUUGAUCUUUGUGCCAAGGUAGGAUUUCCCUGUCCACCAUGUUUCAUGGGCCUCCCGUCUAAACUUAAACUGAAGAUUUUGGAAUUGCUUCCUGGUCACCAAAUCGCGAGAAUGGGAUGUGUAAGCAAAGAACUGCAUCACUUGUCAAGCAACAACAAUUUGUGGAAGACCAAAUUUGAGAAGAAUUUGGAAAAGCCGAGAUGA